AUGUCGCAUUGCCAGCGUCGAGCUCCUCCACCUCCACCUCCAAGACCAAAGCCUAAGCAACUGGCGGUGGUCUCAAAUGGGCCAGUGCAGGGGCGAUGCGACGUGACCAGGCGAUUCUUGACAUUGGGAGCCACGAAUGCGGCCGAGGCCAGCCCUGGUGGCAGCCGCGUGGGCAGCAUGUCCCCCUCGCCAUUGGCGGACGCCGAUCAUGCGGAGGGUGGCAACUCCCCAAGCUCCGCCGUGGGCUCCGGAGCGGCCAGUCCUAGCGGCUCACGCGCCGACCAUUCCUUGCACGGUCUGUGGCAAUCGCAAACGCCCACGGGGCGCAUGGCUGGACCGUCCUUGGCAGAUGGUGAGGCAGAGGCCGGGCAAAACUCACCGGCGGGCUCAGCCCCCAACACAGGGAGGCUGAUGACACCCACCUCAGCCAGGCGCCGCCAUUUCGGGGGGAAUCGAAGUUACAAGGUGUUCACUGUGAAAUAA